GUGUGUGUGUGUAGGGGUGGGUCUGAUGCUAGGUCAUGUUACCCAAUUGGCUCUUGAUCUGUCAGUAAAGAACCUAUAGGCCCAAUUGCUCGGUGGAAGGAAUAGGCGGGACUUCCGGAUCUCUGGAGGAAAAGAGACUCAAGGAGAAGAGACAGUUCGCCAUAUUUUGGAGAGAGAAAAGCCAAGCAGCCAUCUCCCUGCACAGGCUCACACUGUCCAUUUCCUCUCCAGCCUUCAAGAUCACCUCCUGUAUUCCUAGCUGGACAAGAGGAAACACAAAGAGAACCAUCCAGACACCAGGGGCCCAAGCUCAGAAUCUGCAGAACCAUAACUUCAUCAUUGACGAUUUUCAGGAUAUGGAGGCUCAAGGCUCUAGCCAUGAUAUCAGCCGCUUACUCUGCCUGGGAGUCAAGGAAGACUCGGAAGAACAGCAUGAUGUGAAAGCAGAGGCUUUCUUUCAGGCUGGAGAGGGGAGAGACGAGAAAGGUGCACAGGGUCAGCCUGGAGAGGGAGCAGUGGGAACAGAAGGCGAAGGAGAAGAAUUAAAUGGAGGAGAAGGCCACUUUGGUCCUGGUGUUCCAGGUCCUGUGGGUGAGGGGGACAAGGAUGGUGGCACCAGAGCUAGUGGCAUGGAGGAGGAGCAACAUGAGCCCGUUGCCGAGGGCACUGAGAGUGUCAAGUCUGAGGAUAAGCAGAUGCCACUCCGCCGCCCUGGGUCCACCCAGCGGCGGCUGGCGGAAUUGGAGCGCAUUUUGCUAAGCAGUGGUUCCUCCAGUGGCCCAACAUGGGAGGAGCUUGAUAGAUGGAUGGAUAUCAGUGUGUCCAGAGUGCAGAAUUGGUUUAAGAUUAGGAGGGCUGCAUACAGAAGAAAUAGGAGGCGGAGAACACCAAUCCCUGAACAUUUUAGAGCAACAUCUGGGUGCCCUGCUUGUCUUGGAGCAAGAUGGGGAGUAAGAUGUCCUUUUGCAACACCGAGAUUUUGAUCACAUAUGCCAGCCAUGACAACUCUUGCCUUUCAACAAUUCUGUCAGCAAUAAAGAAAUGAUUCUCAGUA